CCUCGCUGAAGCUCACAGCCUCCUCGAUCUCUCCUCUACAGCAGCUCAUCACUGCUCAAGAGAAAGGAGACGGCAACAAUGGCGACGGCGAGGUUGCUCCUAGUGCUCACGGUGGUGGCGGCGGCGGGCAGCUGCUUCUGCAGCGCCCAGGAGGCGAAGCCGCCGCCGUACUGCGGCAGCGUGAGGACGGCCAUUGAGGCGCACAACAUCAUCGGCUGGAAGACGUUCACGGCGGAUUGCGCCAAAUACCUCGCCGACUACCUCACCGGCGAUCGAUACCCCCGCGACGCCGACGUGGUGAUCAACGAGGCCAUCGCCUACGCCGAGAGCCUCAAGCUCUCCGGCAGCGGCAAGGAGAUCUGGGUGUUCGACGUCGACGAAACCGCGCUCUCCACACUGCCCUACCAAGCCAACCAUGGCUACGGAGUUCAGCCAUAUGAUCAGGCAAGCUUCAUCCAGUACGUGUCCGAGGGAAGCGCACCGGCGCUGCAGGGGACGCUGCGGCUCUACCAACGGCUGCUCCAGCUCGGUGUUAAGCCAGUAUUCCUGACUGACCGCACCGAGGACCAAAGGACAGUCACCACCAACAACCUCCUCUCUCAGGGUUACUGCAGCUGGGAGAAACUGUUGUUCCAGCCGGUUGGGCUUCAGACCACAACACAGGCGUUCAAGACUGAUGAGCGGCAGAAGCUUGUGGACGCCGGCUAUGUCAUCGUCGGCAACAUCGGCGACCAGUGGACCGACAUCCUCGGCUCGCCGGAGGGCUGCCGUACGUUUAAGUACCCCAACCCCAUGUACUAUGUCGCCUAGCUCGGCUGCCGGCCUGCGCCAUAAUGCUAGCUUCGCUAGCUAGCCAUAUCUCGAUGAUCCAUAAUUCGCGUGUGUUUCAUAUAUUUACUUGAUUUCUUCUCAUGAACUGUUUGUAGUAGUUAACCUUUGAAGCAUAUGCUUGAUUUCCUUUCUUAGCUAUUGAUGAGAGGUGAGAUUUGAAUUUGUAAUAACCCUUGUUUGGCAUGGGUUGGCCAUAUAUUGAUCGAUGUAUCGUGUGUUGAGCAAGCUGCUUGGAUUUGUGACAAUAUAUAAUCAAUAAUGAGAGUAAUGGAUCAAAAAGUUCCUUUCAUUAAA